UCCUGAAUGUCAAAAUGACAUGGGGAAUUUAUCGUCAUUCUAGUGAUAUUGACGUGGAAGUAACUAAAACUUGCGCACUCUAAACUUACGUGGCAGAGUGAAGUGUAAAGUGAUGUCCUUUAUUUAUUUACAUUUUUCACAAGAUUUUUAGUUAAAUUUAUACUGGUGACUUAAAAUGAAUUCUCAAUUUAUACCUCAACAACAGUAUGGGGGUCCGCCAAAUAGAGCAUCACCACAAUCAUUCCAAAAUGUGCCACUUGGCCCACAAAAGCCUCCCUUGGGAGAAGUUCCUUCUUUGCCUCCUACUAACCAACCCAGUCAGUUCCCUCCUUCAAAUUUAGGGGGAUCGAUGCCAAGAACACAGAUUCCAUCAAAUCAAUUGCCUCCAUCUACUGGAAAUGAAGUCAAUAGUUCAUUUGGUUUACCACCCAUUAAACAAGAAAACUUGCCUUCUGGCAGUAUACAGAAUGGUCCUCCAAGUUAUCAAAAUGGACCUCCACAAUUUCAUAAUGGUCAAAUGCCAGGUGGCAUACCUAGCAAUCAACCUAAUAGACCAUCCUCUAACUUUGCCCUACCCACCAAUCAAAAUCAGUUUGCUCCACCUUCUGGCCAAAAUCAGUUUGCUCCACCUUCUGGCCAAAAUCAGUUUGCUCCACCUUCUGGCCAAAAUCAGUUUGCUCCACCUUCUGGCCAAAAUCAGUUUGCUCCACCUUCUGGCCAAAAUCAGUUUGCCCCACCUCUCAGCCAAAAUCAGUUUUCGACACCACCAUCAAAUCAGAAUAUGCCAUCUAGGCCACCUUCAACUCCAUCUAAUCAUUUGGGUCAACCACCUUUGGCAAGUGGUCAUCCAUCUCAAUUUGGUCAUCCACCUUCGCAGGUAGGUCAACCUCCUGUAUCUAGUGGUCCUCCAACACAACCACACCCACCCCCACCUGCUGGAGGCCCAUCUCAACCUUCUAUGCCAGGUAGACCUCCAUCGCAACCUCCUAUAUCAAGUGGUCCAUCAUCUCUGGGAGGUCAACUACCUUUGCAAGGCGGUCCUCAAUCUCAUGGUGGUCCACCACCUCUAGGAGGCCAACAGCCUUUAAAAGGUAUAUCUCCUAUUCAGAGUGGAAUAUCAUUGCAAAGUGGUCCACCACCUCCAACUCAAAGUGGCCCAUCUCCUCCAGGAGGCCAGCUAGGUGGACCUCCUUCACAAUUUGGCACACAAUCUCAACAAGGAGGACCUUUAAAUAGUGCACCAUCACAGUUUGGACAUCAACCUCAAAUGGGACAACCUGGCUUUCCACCAUCACAAUCUGGAUCUGUACAGACAAUGGGCCAAUCUAAUGGCCCUAAUCAGUUUGGGCCGCCUCCUGGAAUUCAAAAUCAGUUUAAUCAUCAAAUGGGUCCAUCAAAACCCGGACAAGGACAAUUCCCUUCACAAGCUAGACCUGGACAACAACCAUUGCCAGGAAAUCAGAAUCCAUUUCAGAAUGUUUCUGGACCUUAUCCUCCAUCAUCAGGAGCAGGCCCAGGACCACAAAUGCCUCCUCCUCUUCCAGGUCAAUCUCCAUAUGGCCCUACCCAGUUGUCUAAUCAAAUACAGGGAAUGAAUUUAUCAGGUCCAAAACAAUUUGCUGGUCCUCCAGGAUCUACUGGUCCCGUUAGAGGAGGUAUAAAUGGUGACUCUGGUCCUCACAUGCCUCCACCCAUGAACCAACCAGGUUUUGUCAAUGGUCAACAAGUAAGGGGGCCUCCUGGACCUGGUUUUCCACCAAUGCCUGGACAACCUCCUCUCCCUGGCCAACCUUCUCUCUCUGGACAACCUCCUCUUCCUGGACAACCUCCUCUUCCUGGACAAGCUCCAAUGCCAGGACAGGGCCAAUAUCCAAGUCCGCAAGGAUAUCCCCAAUCUAAUUAUCAACAACCCCAACAGGUUAGGAGGUUAGAUCCUGAUCAGAUGCCCAGUCCUAUUCAAGUGAUACAAGAUGAUCAACAAAGUCGUGCAGGCGUGUUUGUUACAAAUCAAAAAGGUCUGGUUCCGCCAUUGGUGACUACUAACUUUGUUGUUCAAGAUCAGGGUAAUUGCAGUCCUAGAUUUAUUAGAUCGUCAAUGUACAAUGUGCCCAUUUCUCAGGAUAUUAUGAAACAAACAGCAGUGCCAUUCAGUUUGGUUAUAAGUCCAAUGGCUAGGCAAGUGGAUCAGGAAUAUCCACCGCCUAUUGUAAAUUUUGGUACUUUGGGACCAGUUCGGUGUAUCCGAUGCAAGGCCUAUAUGUGUCCGUUCAUGCAGUUUGUUGAUUCUGGCAGAAGGUUUCAAUGCCUGUUUUGUAUGGCAACAACUGAUGUUCCAACGGAAUAUUUCCAGCAUCUCGACCACACGGGUCAAAGAAUGGACCGUUACGAGCGCCCCGAACUAAUAUUGGGAACAUACGAAUUUGUAGCAACAUCUGACUAUUGUCGUAACAACACAUUACCUAAACCUCCAGCUAUUAUUUUCGUAAUUGAUGUGUCUUAUAAUAACGUCAAGUCGGGGUUGGUGAAUUUAUUGUGCUCGCAAAUGAAGGAAAUCAUACAAAAUUUACCUGUAGAUCAGGGCCAAGAAAAGAGCAAUAUGAGAGUUGGGUUCAUCACUUAUAAUAGUUCAGUGCAUUUUUAUAAUAUUAAGGGUUCCUUAGCAGCACCACAAAUGUUGGUGGUUGGUGAUGUACAAGAAAUGUUCAUGCCUCUAUUAGAUGGAUUCUUGUGCACUCCUGACGAAUCUGGGCCUGUAAUCGAUUCGUUGAUGCAACAAAUUCCUUCAAUGUUUGGAGACACCAGAGAAACUGAAACCGUACUUUUGCCUGCCAUUCAAGCUGGAUUAGAAGCCCUAAAGGCUUCAGAAAGUGUCGGUAAACUCCUCGUGUUCCAUUCCACUUUGCCUUCUGCCGAAGCACCAGGAAAGCUUAAAAAUCGUGACGACAGAAAACUUUUGGGUACUGACAAGGAAAAAACAGUAUUAACACCCCAAACGCAAGCCUACAACCAAUUGGGUCAAGAUUGCGUAGGCGUUGGUUGUUCAGUUGAUUUGUUUGUUUUUAAUAAUUCCUACAUAGAUAUAGCUACUAUUGGACAGGUGUCUAGACUUACGGGAGGUGAAGUUUUUAAAUACACAUAUUUCCAGGCUGAUUUGGAUGGUGAGAGGCUGAUCAACGAUAUAAUUUUGAACAUUAGUAGACCAAUUGCCUUUGAUUCAGUCAUGCGAGUAAGAACUUCGACAGGAGUGAGGCCUACAGAUUUUUAUGGACAUUUCUACAUGUCAAAUACUACUGAUAUAGAACUAGCUGCAAUAGAUUGUGAUAAAGCAGUGGGAGUCGAGAUAAAACAUGAUGAUAAGUUAUCGGAAGAAGCCGGAGUUUACAUACAAGCUGCUCUUUUGUACACAUCCAGUUCAGGGCAGCGACGAUUGAGGAUAAUGAAUCUUUCACUUAAGACUUGCUCACAAAUGGCCGAUUUAUAUAGAAGUUGCGAUUUAGAUACAAUAAUUAAUUAUAUCAGUAAACAAGCUUGCUACAAGUUGUUAGAUAAUAAUCCAAAAGUUGUUAAGGACUCCAUAGUGAGUAGAGCAGCUCAAAUACUAGCGAUUUAUAGGAAGAACUGUGCCAGCCCUAGCAGCGCAGGGCAACUAAUCCUUCCGGAGUGUAUGAAAUUACUGCCACUUUAUGUUAAUUGUCUUUUGAAGAAUGACGCUCUGUCUGGUGGUUCUGACAUGACAAUUGAUGAUAGAUCAUAUGUCCUACAAGCUGUCAUGGUUAUGGAUGUCCCAACUUCUGUACACUAUUUCUAUCCCAGGCUCAUUCCUUUGCAUGAUAUUGAUGUGACAAAAGAGACUGUCACUAUUCCAAAUCCUAUUCGUUGUACUAUAGAUAAAAUGAAUGAACAAGGAGUGUAUAUAUUAGAAAAUGGCAUUCACAUGUUCUUAUGGUUUGGCCUUGGCGUUAAUCCUGAUUUUAUUCAAAAAUUGUUUGGUGCUCCAUCUGCAAUACAAGCUGAUGUUGAUAGGAUUAAUUUACCAGAACUGGACAAUCCACUGUCGCUGGCCGUUAGGAAUAUUAUUGAUGAAAUAAGGUUACAGAGGCAUAGGUGUAUGCGAUUGACGAUAGUUAGGCAGAGAGAAAAGUUAGAACCAGUCUUCAAGCAUUUCUUAAUCGAAGAUCGAGGAAACGACGGUUCGGCUAGUUACGUCGACUUCUUAUGUCACAUGCACAAGGAAAUAAGGAAUUUGUUGAGUUAGCACAAAUGUUGAUGCGACUGUAAACGCAGGUGAAAUUGAACACUAAGAAAUUUGUACUCAAACGUCUCGUUGCUGGCUUAAGUAUCAAAUAGGUGGGUGCCUUUUGUUUCAUAUUGUUUUGACGAAAAAGAAAAUUUUUGACAUAACUAUGAAGCGUUUUUCAAAUUAAGACUGAAUAAUAAGUAAUUUAGAGCAAUAUUCACAAUUUGUAUUUGUUCAUAAGUUGAUUCAAUAUGUUUUUGAGGGGUUAAUACUUUGUGAUUGAUGCAAAUUGUCCAUGUAUCGAAACUGAGAAGCAAAUAUUAAAUUUUAUGUUGCUUAAUUGACUGGUACUCCUAUUAAAUAACUCGUAAUAAAAAAAUCCUAGUACUUAGACGAAAUAUAUACAGGGUGUCUGCGAAAUGAAUGCGUUCUUUUCACGUACAAAUAUAUACAGGGUGAUUCCAAGUUGAUACUUAUUUUUUAACAGUGAAUCUUAAAAAAUCAAAAACAAGAAACAAAACAAAAAAAUCAUAAGAAUUUAGGUCUGGGGACCUCGGUGGCCACGCAAGAAAGCAAGAGGUUACAGUAUUAUUAACAAACUCCAAAUCCGGGCCUGUGAGAAAGACAUUACUUUCCUGAAUAGGUGGAUCAGUUGCAUGCCCAUUGAGUUCACCAGACCUAAAUUCUUGAGAUCUUUUAUCUGCUUUUUUUUUGUUUUUAAUUUUGUUUUUAAAAUAAUUGAAAAUGUUUAUUUUAAUGACUUCUACACCAUUAAAAAUUAUGAAUCACUCUGUAUAGUAUUUAUUAUAUAAACUGCCGGCAAAUCUGUUUCGAAAUCGCGUUAUUCUAUAAAAUCUAAGAAUUUUUUUCAAAUAUAUUAAUUAAUGGUAUUCAAACGAAAUGAAAUAGAACCUUCGAUUGACGUAUGUUAAAUGGUACAAUAAUUCUUCUUUUUUUUUUAAAUGACAGUUUGGAUUUAAUAUAGAUGCGUUCGAAGUUAUCACGGACAUGACUUGUAUAUUUAUCUUUGUUAGUCAUGGCCUACUUUAGAAACAUUUUUUGUGGAUCACUCUUUAUAUUUUUCUGUUGACAUUAGGUGUAAUGUUGUUAGAUUUUAUUUAAAUUACAUUUAAUUUGUAGAAAUGAAGGCCGAUUUUACUAAAAAAAAAUUACAACACUACCUGUAAGGAACGUAUUAUUUUCCUGAACACCCUGGUUAGGUGUUCCUAAUAACAAAUCAUGCUUUUGUUAACGAGUAUGGUAAACAUUUUUAUCUAAUGUUUAUUAAUAAAUAUAUAAUAUACAGUUCUAAAUAUUUCGGCUUGUAAUUUGAAAAUAUAUAUCUUGUUGGUAUUUAGACAAAUAAAUUCUAACUUUUAGGUAACAGAAAAAUUUAGUUCCUAGCCACAAGAUCAAAAAUUUGAUCUAACUGAAUUUUGAAUAAUCUAUGUGUUGGAAAUUUCGAAUUAAAUUUUGGAAAUUAUGUUGUAUAUUCUGGAAACUCUGACAUAUACUUUAGAAAUUCCGAUUGAAAUCUAAAAUAUUCUGGCUUGAAAUGGGGAAUUUUCUUCUACCAUAUGGUUAUACAUUUUUUAUUUACAUAAAAUAAUAUAAAAUAAAUAACGACUGAAAAUCUAACAUUUCAAUUUAUAAAUAAACAACCAUUGAAAUUUUGGCCACGAGAGCUGUCAAAAAUUCUUUUUCAUCAAUCAAUAUUAAACUUUGUCAUUGUUUAAAAAAUGGGGAGCCUUUAGGUAGCGAACAAAGCUUUAUACAGGGUGUGUGCAAUAAUUUUGCAAGACAUUUAAAACAUUCGAGUGCCACAUUUUCAUCUCACCAUAAAUUUGCUUCUAUUAAUAAAAAUAAAUUCCAGACGGUCUAGAUAUUUUGUGAAAUUUUUGAGGUCACACUGUAUAAUAUUUUAUUCUUAUUUCACAUUUUAUUUAGCGUUUUUUUUUUUGGUUGUUCAGCGAUUUUCGAAUUUGGGACUUAAAAUAUGGAGUUUGAAGUGCAAAUUUCAAUUUGAAUGAGAGUUUGCUUUGUAUUUAAGAGAUUUAGUUAAUUAUAUUUAAUUAUUUUGUAUCUAUAUUUUAUCGGUUCUCCUUUAUAAUGUUUAUGUAAUAUAUGAAACAAUAAAAUUAAGUGUUUACUAAAUAGUGUUUUUUUU